GUUGACACGUCAUUUUGAGGUUAUAGGAGUGUAAUGUUUAUUUUGAUGGCUGUUUAGAGGGUUUCGGGGUGGAAAAUGUUCAAAAAACUGAAGGAAAAAAUAACGGAGGACCUGAAGAGUUCCCCGCAGAGGUUUCAACAGCUUACGCAGAGCGUCACUGAUAGAUUAACGACCAAUAACGACGAUAAUUUCUUCUCAAUAGGGGACGAUGACGCGAACACUUCGACGAACAGCGCUGAAGCUGGUUUCUCCAGCGUUUCGUUGGUAUCACCUUCCGAUGCAAGAUUAAGGCGUAACUCUAACUCCUCCAUUGCCAGCGAUGUGUCGUUUUUACCGCGAUACGAAUCGUCGCAGAUGUAUCAGUUGCAAUCUGAUUUGGAUGUUUCGGCUAGUGAAGUCGAAGAUAAUGCUUCCAGUUCCUCUCAGUUGGGGCAUUUGUCGAAAGAACAAAUUUAUUCGGCUUUUCAGAAGUCGCAAAUGAGGUACCACAAAUACAGAGGGAGGUAUACAGAUCUGGCAAAGCAUUAUAAAGAGUUAGAAAGGGAAAAUGGCAAAAUGAAGUCGGUAUUGGUGGAGACCCAGGACAAGGCCAUCAGACGGGUGCGGGAGCUAAAAGAGCAGUGCUCUUUAGAGCAAAAGGCCAAAGCGCACUUGGAGAGCGUUUUAAGGGACGAUAUCGACGAAAAACAGUUCAAAAUACAGACUUUAGAGACGAAAAUCGGCCUGCUCAGCCAAGAGAACCGUCCAAACUUGGUGAACGUCGAAUCCGUCGAAGCUACGGAAAGUUUAAACGAAGCCAGAGCGGAAAUAGAAGCUUUGAACGGCAAAAUACAGGAGUUAAAAGCGAGCGCGAUCGUUUUUCAAAGCAAAGAGCAGGACUACAAGAAAAAAAUUGCAGAUAUGGAGAAGGAAAUAUCCCAGUUCUCGGAAAGAGAAAAAGAGGGCAACCUAAACCUGGCGCAGAACAAAAUGGAGCUGCACAACGAGAUUUUAAAUAAAGACGCCGAAAUUUUGAACUUGAAGAAGGACAUAGAAGCGCUCCACGAGAAGCAAGCACCCAACGUGAAAAUGGAAAACUUGCAAACCCAAAACGCGAAGCUAAUCGAAAGGGUGGAAAACCUGACGCAAAAAUCCAAUAAUCUGGAAAGCGAACUGCUCAAGGUGGAGAAAUACAAACUCGAAAUACAAAACCUCGAUAGAACUUUGCAAGAGUUGCGCAAUAAUGAAUCCAGGGUGAAGGAAGAUUACGAAAAUCAAAUUUUGGAGAUUAGGGAGAGCGCUAAAAAGGGUUUGCUGUCGCUGGAAGGCAAAAUACGGGAGAAAUUGGGGGGAGAAUUCGCGGAAAAAGAGGCGCAAAUGAGGGAGGAGUUUAAAAUCAAACUGGGCGAACUUAACACCAACGGUGUCAAAGAAAUUCAGCUGAAGUUGAUGGAGAAAGAAAGCUGCCUCGAGAAAUUAUAUCAAGAUUUGAACACCCUGGAGUCGGAAAAACAGCAAUAUAAAGACCUGGAGAAGAACCACUUGGAGUUGAUAGAGGAUUCCACCAGGUUGAGAAACACCAUUGCCAACCUAGAAAAGGAAUUAUCAACCAUCAAAAACGAAAGUCUCGAGUACACGGAAAAGAUAUCCAGACUGCAAGCCAACAUUAACACCCUUCAGGAAGAUUUGGACGAAAGCACGGAAACCUUGAGAAGAAAGGAAUACGAAUGCCUGGCAGUGAAGACCCAUUUGGAAGAAAACAUACGACUCACAGAAGAGCUAAGAGAACUGAAAUCGCUCGAGAACACCGAGAGUAAACUACUAGAGUUAAAACAAAGCAAAAUGGAUCAUCAUCAUCAGGAUAACAACUCAAUCUCUGAAGACUAUAAACGCCUAACCGAAUUGGUACCGGAUCUAGAAUUUCAGAUGCAAAUGUUGAACGACAAAAUCGAAGACCUAAAGGAAGAAUUAAAAUCCUCCAACGACCUCGUAACAGAAAAGGAGAUGAAAAUAUCCAAACUGGAAGAAAACGUGGAUACCCUACGAGACAAUUUAGAAGAAACGGGAAAAAUUCUGCGGCUUAAAGAGGAAGAAUGCCUCAAAGUAACGCAAGAAAAAACGCACCUAGACGAAAAAUUGCGGCUUACCGAAGAAAAGAGGGAACUCGAUGUGCUGGAAGCGACAGAGAGUAAACUAUUAACUCUAAAGUUAACCAAAUUGGAGGAAACAAACGACGAGUUGACCAAAGAUUUGGAAGCGCAGUUGCUGAUCAACAGGGAGCUAAAACAAGAGGUGAAGAAAAUUGAAGAAAUUGCAGUACAACGUGAGAAAUUAAUGGAGGAAUCCAAACAAAUUGCGAAAGCCUUCGAAGAGGAAAAAACGAAGAUAAUCGAGGAUUUCGAGGAAGAAAGGCAAGCGAACGAAGAAAAACUGUUCAAGGUGCUCGAAGAGAAGGAAAAAACGACCGACAAACUGAAGAAAACCAUCGACGACCUGAAAAACAAAAUCGAGAGUCUCACGGUGAUGAACGAGGCCCUGGACAGCGAAAUAAAAGACCGCGAAGACGAAGUGAAAACGAUGCGGAAGAAAAUUGAAGAACUAAGCGACGUGAUCAAAAAGCAAACCGAAGAUUUCUCCUCGCUGCUGGAGCGAAGCAACCAGCUCGACGCGGUCGUGGAGAAAUUGCAGAACGAUCACGCGAACACAUUGAGAAAGGAGAAGAACGCGCAAAACGAGUUGUCGCGGAAGAUUGAAGAUUGCGAGAAAGAAUCGGCGGUGAAGAUUGAAGAAAUCAACGCGCUUAAAGUGAAGCUCGAAGAGCUCUCGAACGUGGAUAAAGAACACUUGAAGACCUUGCAGAACACAAACGAAGAUCUCAAAGGGAAGAUAACGAAGCUGGAAGCGAACGAAGAUACUUUGAAAAUGCUCGGAGAGGAGAAGCAAGUGGUGGAGCAAGAAUUAACUCGACUGAAGAUAGUCGAGAGUGACUUCAAGAAUCUUCAGGAAGAAUUCAAAUCGAACGUUGAAGAAUUGAAGAAAAUCACCGAACAACUGGAUUCUUCAAAUGAAAACCUUAACAUCGUCACGGAAGAAAGAGACGUGCUCGCGGAAGAAAUAAAACUAUUGAAGCAACAAAAUGAAGAUUUGGAAAAAAUCGAAGAAAAGUUGGCCAAAUCGAAGAUAGAGAACGAAGACGUUAACUUUAAGUUGGAUAAAGCGAAAGAAGAGAUGAGCGAGUUAAAUUUGAGGGUGAACCAGAUUUCUUCGGAUAAUAAUCAUUUGAGCGAAGAAAAUCAAGAGUUGCUCGGGCAAGUCGAAGAGCUUAAAGUGAAGAUGGAGGUUUUGGAGGAAGAGAGGGUUAAAUUUGAAGAAAACAGUAAAACGCCCGAUAUGGACAUUUUGAAGAUACAGCGCGAUUGCUACGAGAUUAAAGAAAAAUGCGACUGCUUGUUUAUCGAGAAUAACAACUUGAAGCAGGAGAUUUCCGCGUUGGAAGAAAAGUGCGACAAUUUUGGCGCGUUGAAGAAGAAAUACGAGGCUCAAAUAGAAGAGUUGGAGCGGCAAUACAGCGAAAUUCAGCACGAACGGCAGCUAUUACAGGACGAGGUCCAAGAAUUGAAGAUAUCCCCUCUAAACCUUCAAAACAACUUGGAGCAAAAAAAAACCGACUCCGCGGAUAGCAAGGAAAUAGAUUCGCUGCGCGACAAACUGACGCAGUACAAAUCCUUAGACAUAACCAACAAAAGCUCCAUCGAGUUCUACGAGGGAGAACUGCAGAAGAUGAAGAACAAGAACGAUAAGUUGAGCAGGAAACUGGACGAGACGCUCGUGACCUUGAAUCACUGCGCCGAGCUCGGAAAUUCCACCGAGGUCGAGUACUUGAAGAACGUUCUGUACAACUACAUGCUCGGAAAGGAGAGCUUGGUAUUGGCCAGAGUCAUAGCGGCCGUUUGCAAGUUCGACGAGAAGCAAACUGACGCCGUCAUACAGAAGGAGCAACAGAAGCAAACUUUGCUGGGACAUCUGGGUAUUCUCUAACAUCAGCCAAUCAGCAAGCAACAUUUUUUCUGAAACUAUCCACCUUUAAGAAGGAAUAUUUUGGAAUGAAGUGGCUGAAGGUCACCUUAAAAGUUGGGCGUCUCGGUUUGGAUAAAACUUACAAAUGUACAAAUAAAACAAGAAAUAUUUUUGUACACCAUUUUAACAGCGUAAAAAUUCCUCAACAUUGCUACUUUUAAUAACAAUAAUAAUAAUGGUACUUAUGUAUAUCCCUGGGUGUUCAAAAUUUAACAUUUGAAAAACUUAGCCCUUAAACAAUACUCUUUUAAAUUUGUCCAUAUAGGUUUUAUUAGACUAUACUUUUUAAUAGAAAUUUAAGCAGUAUUGACGUAUACAAUGUAUACCAAGUGUUCAAUAAAUAUAUACACUUUUUUAGAACCAUUAAUUAUAAUAAUUUAAAUUAAAUUGUAACAUUCCGUUUCUUUUAUUUUUGUAUAAAUUUAACAUUAUUGUAAUAAUUAUUAUUAAUAAUCAAAAUUUCUAUAGAUUAUGGCAGUCUUAAAAUAUGCUUUUCGUAUUUUUAAUAAUUUAUUAUUUUAUGCAUUAAUUACCAAUCUAACACUGUACAUAUUUGUUUGUUAGGAAUAUUUGUAAUAUUUAUGUAUA